CUGAAAAACAAGGCGUAAAUUAACAAGUACCCCUAAUUCUGUGCGAUUACCGGGGCAAACCAGAGAGGAGCAAGAACCAGAAAAAAGCUUCGAAAUCACCAUUAAUGGCGGAAGAAGGCGAGGCAAAAUCGUCAUCAGAGAGCGUGAAGCUCUUUGUAGGGCAAGUGCCGAAGCAUAUGUCAGAAGCUCAGCUUCUUUCUAUGUUUAAGGAGGUGGCCUUGGUAGAUGAGGUCAACAUAAUCAAAGACAAGGUCACAAAAGCUUCAAGAGGAUGCUGCUUUCUCAUUUGUCCAUCCAGACAGGAAGCUGACAAGGCAGUUAAUGCAUGUCAUAAUAAGCGUACACUUCCAGGGGCUUCCAGUCCAUUGCAAGUAAAGUACGCGGAUGGGGAGUUGGAAAGACUAGAACAUAAGCUUUUCAUUGGCAUGCUGCCAAAGAAUGUUUUGGAUUCAGAGGUAUCUGCUAUAUUUUCCAAAUAUGGAAAUAUUAAAGAUUUGCAAAUCUUAAGAGGUUCCCAACAAACAAGCAAAGCAGGUUGUGCCUUUUUAAAGUUUGAGACAAGAGAGCAAGCUGUUGCAGCUUUAGAGGGCAUCAAUGGGAAGUAUAAGAUGGAGGGCUCUAGUGUACCUUUAGUUGUUAAGUGGGCGGAUACAGAAAAAGAAAGACAAGCUCGACGAGCCCAAAAGGCUCAAUCUCAACCUCCAAAUGUCCCAAGCAUUGAUUCACAGCAACCUUCACUUUUUGGGGCCAUGCCAAUGGGAUACAUGCCACCUUUUAAUAGUUUUGGCUAUCAGGCACCUGGAACUUAUGGGCUUAUGCAAUACCCCCUGCCAUCAUUGCAAAAUCAACCAGGUCUACAUAACAUGGUUCCACCUGUCAAUCAAGGAACUGCUUUGCGCAACAUGGCACCUGAUCUUGCUUCUGGUAUGGCACCAAGAAAUUUUGGUACAAUGCAAACUGCGGGUUAUCUAGGUUCUGGAUAUCCUGGUGUGCCUGGCCUUCAGUAUCCUAUGGCAUAUCCAGGUGGUAUGAUGAGCCCUAGGCCUUUGGCUGCUACCCCUGGUUCAAACCCUGCUUCUAUCCCCAAGACCAAUUCCACAUCUUCCAAUGUCAGUACAAGCUCUGGAUCACAGGUUGAAGGUGGUCCUCCUGGUGCCAAUCUAUUUAUAUAUCAUAUUCCACAAGACUUUGGUGAUCAGGAACUUUCAAAUGCGUUCCAAGCAUUUGGUCGGGUGUUGAGCGCUAAAGUAUUUGUUGACAAAGCAACUGGUGUUAGCAAAUGCUUUGGUUUUGUUAGUUAUGACUCACCUGCUGCAGCCCAGGCUGCAAUCAAUGUGAUGAAUGGUUGUCAAUUAAGUGGUAAGAAGUUGAAGGUUCAGCUUAAGAGAGACAACAAACAAAGUAAACCCUAUUAAUACCUCAAGUUACAGCAUGGAGAUAUAUGAACAACAUUUUUUGUAUUGUGCUGAUUUGGCACUGCAUCCGAGAUAAGCUCAUGCAUUGUUGGGCUUUUGAUUAUCUUAUCAGCUAUUAUGUGGAGCAGGUGAAGGAUAAUUAAUGGUCCUAUAUAUUACUCCUGCCCAUCAUUGAUUAAAGGUGGGAACUGGUUGCUGCUCAAAAGGAUGGAAAUAGUUAAAAUGCAUCAUUAUGUGCAAACAUAUCUAUGUACUGAUGUUAAUUAUUUGUAAUUUUUGAAACCUUGGAGGCUUAUUUAGAGAUGAAAUUUAAAAUUUCGUACGAGUGUGGAACAAAAUCUUUGGGUUAUUGGGCUUCCACUUCUAUCAUAAUGUGCCCUUAAUAUGCACUUUACUCUUCUUCAUCUGUUUUUCAAAAUUAAUUGGAGACUCAAUCCAAUUUAGGGCUUCAAUGUUGAAUCCUUUCAAAUUUGAGGUCUGUUUUGUUCUCUGUGUUUCUGUGAUUUUGUUGUGAGUUUACUGUGUAUGCUUUGUCAAUGUUGUUCCCUGUUACCCGUGAUGUAUGUCUUUGUUUUGUCCCUUUGUUGUUUCCUGUGAAGUUGUUUGAGAUGUUCAGUAGCUACAGGUGUUCCUCCUACCAAAGCAGUGAAUGUCCUUAAAAUGGCUGUUUCCAAAGUCAAAACGUAUGUGAACUGCUUUGUUCAUGAUGUUAUUUCUGUCGAAGACACCUGUUUCGAUGUGCAGUGGGACUUCAGGUACUGUUUGUGUAUCUUUUGUGUCCGUUGUUAGCUUGUUGUUAUUCUUGUUUGUGUGGUUUUGUGUUCCAGUUGUCCUAUGUGUCCUGUCUCGAGAUUCGGUAUGAUCCUCCAGGUGAUGCAUGAAUCCAAGGCGGUAUUUCUGUAAUUUGUAAACCUCAUUAUCUAUAGAUUGUCUUCUCCAUUGGGAGUUGUACUACUUUUGCCUGUGAUUAUAUGGUGAACCCUUCUCUCACUUGAUAUCUUCUGGUUUGAAAUUGCAGUAGUUGGUGUUGGUCACACUCUAGAACAGAGCGUUCGGAUUAAGGGCUGAUUUGUGCUUCAAAUCUUCAAUUGGCUCUCUAGCUACCAAAGGGUGCUUACCGUGGAUCAAAUUCAAAUGAGAGGAAUCCCUCUUCCCAACCGCUCUGCCAUGUACCAAAAUGCCGAAGAAACUAACGCCCACCUGUUCCUCCCUUACCCAGUAGCCGAAUACCUUUGGGGGCAAAUCCUUCAACUUUUUGGCUGGGUUUGGAUCACCCCUCAGUCUGUCCCUGGCCUCUUCAACCUCUCUCAAUCCGUCCCUUGGCCCAAAGCUGGAACCAUUCUUUGGAAGGCCAUGGUCUCUGCCACUUUAUGAUCCACUUGGAUUGAAAGAAACCAUAGAAUCUUCAGAGGUGAAAGUAGCUCAGCAGCCAGCCUCAAGGAGAAAGUGUUCUCUUUGGUCAUUUUCUGGACCAAGAACCUCAAGCAGUUUAGAGGUUUCUCCACCUCAGACUUCUGGCCUAAAUGGCUCCAGUUGUGCCACCUAACCACCCUGAGGGUGGCCUGGCCCUCGAUUUGGCGGCCCCCAACCUGGAUGGAUUAAACUUAACGUCGAUGGAUGUUCCCUAGGAAAUCCAGGACCUGUCAGGGUUGGAGGCCUAUUCAGGGACCGGUCUGGCCACACCUUUUGCUCCCUCUCCAAACACAUUGGUUUCAACGACAGCACAACAGCAGAGGCUACUGCAUUGCUUGAAUGCAUGAGGUUGUAGAGACCUGAGUGGGCAAUCACAUUACCAUUGAAGGUGACUCCAAAUCCAUCGUUGUCAGCCGUUCCUCCUUGGAGACUAGCUCGCAUCUUUGAUGAAAUCGGUGACAUUAUCAGCCCAAUUGUAGUUUCCUGGACUCAUAUCUGGCGUGAAGCUAAUUCACUGGCUGAUACCCUUGCCAAAGACGGAGCAGCAGCUCCCAUUCAGCUUGGCAUCUAAGACCUUUUUUUACACUGUUCUCAGAUCGAGAAUGCAAAGAAUCUUGCACAGAAUUUUGUAUCUAAUUUCCUUUCAUGUACCCAUUGGACCCUGUAUUAGGGUACUGUCUGUAUACUCUUUCCUUACUCUUAAUACAAGUUGUCUUCUCUCAAAAAAAAAA